GACAGCGAAGAAGCGGAAGCGAGAGCGGGAUCUAUUGUCGAUCCAAGAGGAGGGGACGAUUGUUCAAUCCCCUCAAACAGGGGAGAUCUCUGUCCGCGGCGCCGAUCUGGAGUCCGGCGAGGACUCCUCCGACUCUGUCACCUCCGACGCUGGCAGCGCCAAGGCUGCUCCCGACGACGUGCUUCAUAUCGCGCAUGCCCUCUGCAAAGUUUGCGCCAAGUCUCCUAGAGCCGUCAUCGACUUUGUUCGAAGAGUGAGCCCUGCCACCGUCGGCCGUUCGAUUGAUUGGGACGUCGUCCGCGAGGAAGAGUCAUCUAAGGUAUUGGUUUGUAUUAAUUUGUUCAUUUCCGAUUCAAUUUUAUUUGACUUGCACGGAGUAGAUGGGCGAUGGCCGUAGCCGGUGGACCGAUAUGGAGGUUCGUGUGUUUCUUGAGAGCUGCUUGGAGGAGAUGGCAGCGUUCACCAUCACCUCCAACUCCCCCAAGCCGCAGGCAUGGCAGAACCUAAUACACAAGAUGUACACCAAGUGCAAGAAGAAGGUGAACAAGGCUCAAUUGGAGUACAUUUGGGGGCAGUGUAAGAAGCGGUACAACAGGUGGGUGUGGCUAGAAUCGCAUGCAAGCGGGCUGGGUCGUGAUCCCCAUACAUCAGCCAUUGUUGCCGAUGAUGAGUGGUGGGAAAGCAAGAAUGCGCAAAAUAAAGGUGUCUUAAGCUUCAGGAAUGAUCCUCUGAAGCACAUUGACCUUCACCACGCGGUAUUCAGUGGGCACACAGUUGUCGGAAACCACUCCGCCGUCGCAGGGGCAGCCCCACAGGCACCGCAAGGAGCAGUUCAGUGGCAGACCAUCGACAUGGCGCAGCUCGCUGCUGCUUAUAGACCACCACCUCCAACUCCACCCCCAACGGCAGCAGACCGGGGCAAGGGAAAGAGGCCAGCAGCAAACACUACUGCCUCAGGGAGUUCUUCCAAGAAGUCACGAAGCGACUCCGCUGGACUGGCUUUGGAGAGGAUUGCGGACAUCCGAGAGCAGAGCUACCAGAGUCGUGUUGCUCAGAUGGAAGCAGAGAAGUCUAUGGGCCUUGAUGCGUGCAUGGAGUUGGUGGAAAAUGAUGGCCAUGAAAUUGGAGGAAGUGUGUGGUAUGCUGCUUGUGCGCUAUUCCGUGACCCAUUCAACUGCAAAUGCUUUGUUCGAAUCAAGGACGCCGCUAGGCGCUUGGAAUUUAUACGCACUGGUGGUACUGGACAGUCAUCUGGUGGCACCUGGUAGUUUGUGCACUGUACUUUACUUUGAGUUGUGAUGGGCGAUGUUUUUCAAAUAAACCAUUAUUUAUGUUUAGAACUCAGUGUGCUAACAAUUUUUACAUUCUGUGAGUCCGUAAACAUUUGCGGCUUUAUAUCCAAUUCGAGCAACUACGUAUUCCAUUGCAUUGCUUUUAUAUCCAAAUAAUUCUUCGAUUGCAUAGAUCACUGCCAUUAUUAAUUUCUAUCCUUUUGAUUAUGACAAACAUUGCCUAUUCUUCGGUUCUCAUAUGUUAAAGGAAAUCGGCGAUGAGUUACGGCGCGGGUGGAUCGAGUUGGAAUGGAGGCGGUCACACAAGCAGCGAAGAAGAAGAUGCCAUCAUUGAGUACAUGGCUGCUACCCUUGAUUUCAAUGAGAGGGCACCAAGGAGAAUACCGGUGCAAACCGGUAUCAGUUGGAUGAUGGACACGAUGGCAAAUCGAAGCCAAUGCAGGGCAAUGUUCAGGCUUACUGCAGAGGAGAUACACAAUUUGCAUGAUCUAUUGGUCACUUCUUUUGGUCUUGUAGGAACAGCAGGGGUCUGUUCCAUGGAAAAGCUUGGUAUUUUCUUGUACACGAUGGGUGGAAAUCGUCCAAUCAGAGACGCGAACAAUCGGUGGGUCCGCUCCAACUCGACAGUGUCGGUUCACUUCCACCAUGUUUUGCAGGCUAUGAAUGAUCUCGCUGGGAAAAUAUUGAAACCGGUUGAUCCCAACUUCUUAGAUUACAACCCUCAGAUUCUGCAAGAGAAUCCUUUCAAGCCUUUCUACCAAUCAGUGGGAGCUGUCGAUGGCACACAUAUUCCAGUUCUGCCUAAUGCAGCUAGCGCUAUGCAACACAGGAACCGUCACCACAUAACAACCAGAAAUGUUCUAGUAAUAUGUGAUCAUGAUGGGAGAAUUAUUUUCUGUGAUGCUGGCUGGCCUGGAUCAGUUCACGACCAAAGGAUUCUCAAUGAGGCAGUGCAGGCUUACCCCUACGAUUUCCCACGGGUACCGUUAGGUGAGUUGUAUCGGUCAAUACACU